AUGCCGAAUAUCAAACUCUUCAGCGGCAGCUCCAACCUGGACUUGUCCCAGAAAAUUGCAGACCGCCUGGGCCUGGAGCUAUCCAAGGUGCUGACUACGAAAUUCAGCAACCAGGAGACCUGUGUAGAAAUUGGCGAAAGUGUCCGGGGAGAGGAUGUCUACAUCCUUCAGAGCGGCUGUGGUGAAAUUAACGACAACCUGAUGGAGCUUUUGAUCAUGAUUAAUGCCUGUAAGAUUGCUUCCGCCAGCCGGGUCACUGCAGUCAUCCCAUGCUUCCCGUAUGCCCGGCAGGAUAAGAAGGAUAAGAGCCGGGCUCCCAUCUCAGCCAAGCUCGUUGCAAACAUGCUCUCCGUCGCAGGGGCCGACCAUAUUAUCACCAUGGACCUUCAUGCUUCUCAAAUCCAGGGCUUUUUCGAUAUCCCUGUGGACAAUCUGUACGCAGAACCAGCUGUCCUCAAGUGGAUACGGGAGAAUAUCUCUGAGUGGAGGGACUGCACCAUUGUCUCACCGGAUGCGGGGGGAGCUAAGAGAGUGACCUCCAUCGCAGACCAGUUGAAUGUUGACUUUGCCUUGAUUCACAAAGAACGGAAGAAGGCCAAUGAAGUGGACCGCAUGGUGCUGGUAGGGGACGUGAAGGACCGGGUGGCCAUUCUAGUGGAUGACAUGGCUGACACUUGCGGCACAGUCUGCCAUGCAGCCGACAAACUUCUUGCAGCUGGAGCCACCAGAAUUUAUGCUAUCUUGACUCAUGGGAUCUUUUCUGGCCCGGCCAUUUUUCGCAUUAACAAUGCAUGCUUCGAAGCAGUAGUGGUCACCAAUACCAUCCCUCAGGAGGAUAAGAUGAGGCAUUGUCCCAAAAUACAGGUGAUCGACAUCUCCAUAAUCCUAGCAGAAGCCAUCAGGAGAAUUCACAAUGGGGAAUCUGUUUCCUACCUGUUCAGCCAUGUCCCUUUAUAACAGAACACCUCCUGAGGCUUUCGAAAAAUAAAGCGAACCCCUCCCCUUGUUUUCCCUUGGUGUUGGAUGAAAAAGUCAGCAGAAGCCCCAGCUUGCUCCAGUAGCUUUCUACAGCCCAUGCCAGGUAUAUUAACGUUUCUCCAAAAUUAGGGAAAGACAGAUUGAGAUGAACUGCUUGGGUUUCUUACCUGCAUUGUCUCAUUCCAGCUUCUUUGAUUUUGUGGGCCUUGCAGCUUUAAAUAGAGUUCAGCUUCUGCAAGAUUUCAGACUCUGAAGGGUAUUGUGUGUGUGGGUGUUUGAAUGGGGUUAGGGAAGCUCAGACUACUUGUCACGUGAAUGCUUCUGGGAUUGCUAGGUUCAGAACUACUAACAACAGAGCCAACCAAAAAAUAGAACA